CAAUUCAAAUAAAUUUCUUAAUAUAAUGACAUUUGGUUAUGUCCGUCGCUCUAGAUCAGUAGAUUUUUAUAACGGAACACAAGAAAAAUAUUUGUCACGAUGGUCACGCGAAAAUACACCAAUGGAUUGUGUAGAUCGUUAUUGUCAUAAUGUACGGAGAUCAUUUACCCCUGUUCGUGAUAUUGCAGGAUAUGAAACAAUAAGAAAUGAUAGGCGUUCUCGAUCAGUAGACAGUUAUCGCUCUCCUUUGGCUAUUGUAAGAAAAUAUGAUAUCUUCCAAGCAAGAACUUGGUCAUACCCAAUUUACAAAUAUAUUUAUGGAAGAGACCAACAUUAUACACGUCCUAGUAGUUAUACACGAGUUUAUGGACUCCAGUCUUUAUAUACGCCAACAAUGCUGGCACCAGAAGCAAAGUUGCGAACUGAAAGACGCUCAUAUUCUGGCUAUAAUUAUGUAGCAGGAGAGCACAGCUUCAAUCUGUCAGCCAAACCAUGGUCACAAUCUAAUUAUCGUUUCCUACGCGUUUCACAUAUUUCUAGUGUUCCAUGGUACUUCCACGGAAAAGCAAAUAAUUUGAGACAUUACAACAGCUACCGGCCGCCAGCCUAUACUCCACGACUUUCUACUUAUUGGAAAAGCUACUUCUGA